AGCGGGGAGGACGCGAGGAUGGCAGAGUCCAGCUCCCUGCCCCCAGGAUUUGGGGAACUGGAGGUGCUGGCUGUGGGGGUGGUGCUACUGGUGGAAGCUCUGGCCGGUCUCAGCCUCAACAGCCUGACCAUCCUCUCUUUCUGCAAGAAUCCGGAGACUCGGACCCCUUGCCACCUGCUGGUGCUGAGCUUGGCUCUGGCGGACAGUGGGAUCAGCGUGAAUGCCCUCGUUGCGGCCACGUCCAGCCUCCUCCGGCGCUGGCCCUAUGGUCCGGAGGGCUGCCGGGCACACGGAUUCCAGGGCUUUGCGGCAGCGUUGGCCAGCAUCUGCAGCAGCGCCGCAGUCGCCUGGGGGCGCUGUCAUCACGCCCGCACGCGUGGCCGACUGGCGUGGAGCACGGCCGUGUCCCUGGUGGUGUUCGUGUGGCUGUCGUCUGCUUUCUGGGCUGCUCUGCCCCUCCUGGGCUGGGGCCACUAUGACUACGAGCCCCUGGGGACAUGUUGCACCCUGGACUACUCCAGGGGGGACAGAAACUUCACCAGCUUCCUCUUCGUCAUGGCCUUUUUCAACUUCCUCCUGCCUCUCUUCAUCACACUCACAUCCUACCGGCUCAUGGGGCAGAAACAGGGGAAGACCGGCCACCCCCAGGUGAACACCACUCUGCCAACCAGGACGCUGCUGCUCGGCUGGGGCCCCUACGCCCUCCUGUAUCUCUGCGCAGCCGCCACGGACGUGACCUUCCUCUCCCCCAGGCUGCGGAUGGUACCUGCUCUUAUUGCCAAAACAGUGCCCACGGUCAACGCUGUGCACUACGGCCUGGGCAGUGAGGUGGCUCUCAGAGGGAUCUGGCCAUGCCUGUCCUCGCAGAGAAGUAAGCGGGACUGAGCGCAUGAGUCUGUCCGUGGUGCUGCUCGGACCCAGACCCACCCUGCCUGCCACUCUGGGCGGAGUCCUAGCAGCCGCCUCAGAAACCACGCUCCAGACAGGCACCCUCCAUCCCUCAUGCCCCGUUGAGCCCUGCCCUCCUCCGGACGCAGGGGACUCAGAGAAACCGGCCUGCUUGAUGGGGGCUGGGGCUUGGGGGCCAGAGAGACCUGAAUGUUAGUCAUCGCCCUCCACACAGAGGCUGGAGACCGCAGGAAAGUCAUUGUUCCUGACCCCGGGCACGGGGACAUUCACACGGACUGCACAGGCUGGUGUGAGGGGUGGACAAGGUCAUGUGCAUGCACCACGACAUAGAAGCUGCUCGUUGAAACAGAACUGUUGGCAGGCAGAGUCCCGGGUAGAAAGAAGUAGAGUCCCAGGGUGACUGGUGGGAGCUCAGCCCAAGCUCCAGCACCCAGACACCGCUUAUUAAAUUGUGAC